GGAGAAGGAUAAAACCCAAAGAAAAUGCCGUCAAAAAAUAUGGCUCCAAAAGUAGUCCCUAAACCCUAACCCUCGAUUACAAUUUACAACUAUCUCUCUCUAGAAUCAUCCACUCCAUCUUUUUAUCGUCAAAAAAUUGACGAAAUUAUCACACACAAUUUCUGAUUUCCAGCAUCAAAUUAACUUCUCCGAAUUCGAGAAUCAGAUAAGGAGACUGAGAGAAAUCGAUUGCGUGCAAAUCGAACUUUUUCGACGAGACCAGAAUAUUGGAUCUUCCAUAAAAUUUGAAGGUUUGUUCAUUAGUAAUUUCAAUUUAAGUUCUGAGAUUCUUAAUUUAUAUCUUACACACAUUUGAGUGAAAUCCAGAAAUUUAUUUUUCUCCAUUGUUAAAUUAAGCUUGAAUAAAUUAAAAUUUUGGGGAUUGAGUGAAGUGAAGCAGCAAGUAUGGGUUCAUACAAGGAGUCAGACCCUACAUUAGGGUUUCUGACGAAGAAAGAAACAGAAGUAAAGCUUCCUCGAGCAACGAGAGUGAAGAACAAAACUCCUGCUCCUGUUCAGAUAACUGCUGAGCAGAUUCUGCGGGAAGCUCGUGAACGGCAAGAAUCGGAAAUCCGUCCGCCGAAACAGAAGAUAACUGAUUCGAGCGAGCUUGCAGACUAUCGUCUUCGAAAGCGAAAGGAAUUCGAGGAUUUGAUUCGUAGAGUGCGGUGGAAUGUUAGUGUGUGGGUUAAGUAUGCCAAAUGGGAGGAGUCACAGAAGGACUUUAAACGUGCACGAUCGGUUUGGGAGCGGGCGUUGGAGGUUGAUUAUAGGAAUCAUACCUUAUGGUUGAAAUAUGCGGACAUGGAGAUGAAGAAUAAGUUUAUUAACCAUGCUCGGAAUGUGUGGGAUCGUGCUGUGUCGUUGCUUCCGAGAGUUGAUCAAUUGUGGUAUAAAUAUAUACAUAUGGAGGAGAUGCUUGGGAAUGUAGCUGGUGCUAGACAGGUUUUUGAGAGAUGGAUGCAAUGGCAGCCUGAUCAGCAAGGAUGGAGGUCGUACAUUAAGUUUGAAUUAAGGUACAAUGAGAUUGAACGAGCUAGGGGGAUACAUGAGAAAUAUUUGCAGUGUCAUCCAAAGGUUGAUGCGUGGAUUCGUUAUGCAAAGUUUGAGAUGAAAAACGGGGAAAUUGGUCGAGCUAGGAAUUGCUAUGAGAGAGCUGUUGAUAAGUUGGCAGAUGAUGAAGAAGCAGAGCAGCUUUUUGUGGCUUUUGCACAGUUUGAGGAGAAGUGUAAGGAGACAGAGCGGGCCAGAUGUAUAUAUAAAUUUGCAUUGGACCAUAUACCUAAAGGACGAGCAGAGGAGGUUUAUAAGAAGUUUGUUGCUUUUGAGAAGCAGUAUGGAGACAAGGAGGGUAUUGACGAUGCAAUUGUGGGGAAAAGGAGGUUUCAGUAUGAGGAUGAAGUUAGGAAGAACCCACUUAACUAUGACACUUGGUUUGAUUACAUCCGUUUAGAGGAGAGUGUAGGUGUCAAAGACAGAGUGAGAGAGGUAUAUGAGAGGGCAAUAGCAAAUGUUCCUCCAGCUGAGGAGAAACGCUACUGGCAGCGUUACAUCUACCUGUGGAUCAAUUAUGCUUUAUAUGAAGAACUUGAUGCACAAGAUAUGGAUCGAGCAAGAGAUGUAUACAGGGAAUGCCUCAAGCUGAUUCCUCAUGCCAAAUUCUCCUUUGCAAAGAUCUGGCUGUUGGCAGCUCAAUUUGAGUUGCGUCAGUUGAAUCUCAAUGGUGCACGGCAGAUAUUGGGCAAUGCCAUUGGGAAGGCUCCAAAAGAUAAGAUUUUCAAAAAAUACAUUGAGAUAGAGUUGCAAUUGGGAAACAUAGAUAGGUGCAGGAAGCUAUAUGAGAAAUACUUGGAGUGGUCACCGGAGAAUUGUUAUGCGUGGACCAAGUAUGCUGAGUUGGAACGCUCUUUGUGUGAAACAGAAAGAGCUAGGGGUAUCUAUGAGCUUGCCAUAGCCCAACCUGCAUUGGAUAUGCCAGAACUAUUGUGGAAGGCAUAUAUUGAUUUUGAGAUAGCAGAGGGAGAAUUCGAAAAUACAAGAGCGUUAUAUGAGAGACUGCUUGACAGAACAAAGCAUUUGAAGGUGUGGAUCAGCUAUGCGAAGUUCGAAGCUUCUGCUGUCGAGGACAAUGAGGUCUCAGACAUGCCGGAGGAUGAGCUUCAAGAACUGUUGCGUGAAAAGAAGAGAUCGUGUGUUCAACUUGCUAGACGGAUUUUCGAAAAAGCCCUCAGUCAUUUUAGGGUUUCUGCUCCGGAACUGAAAGAAGAAAGAGCUAUGCUCUUGGAUGAGUGGCUGAAGAUGGAGAAAGAUUUUGGUGAGCUUGGUGAUGUUGGUUUAGUUCAAGCUAAGAUGCCGAAGAAACUCAAGAGGCAGCGGCCUAUAAUGACAGAUGAUGGUCCAGGCGGCUUUGAAGAAUACUUCGAUUAUAUGUUUCCUGAAGAGACACAAACUACUAAUUUGAAGAUCUUGGAGGCUGCAUACAAAUGGAAGAAGCAAAAGGCCGCAGCUGACGACGAUUAGUGGUUUCUGGUUUUUUACCCUUUUUGUAGUUUAAUUAGAUUUUGCAGUCAUGUAAGUUGUAGACAAAUGUAACUGAAAAUUUCCAGGGGUAAAGAAUCUCACUCAAUGACAAAUCAUUGCUUCAUGUAUAAAUUGUAAGAAAUGGUUGUAUCAAAUUACCCUUUUGAGAAUUGAGAGUGAUUGCCAAAAAACUAUUUCUUCAUUUUUGUAGUUUGUAAAAAGAAAUUCCUGCAAUAUAUUGACCUACUAGUACUUUCUUGUUUCUUUGA